CAAUUUAAGCAGGAAAAAUAAUUAGAGAGAAAAAGGCUGCCGUUAUAAAACGACGCCGUUACAGGUUCUGGUGCCUUCAUGUGGGCGACUCGUUAAUGAAGUUGAGAAAAGGGCUGGAAACGAGUGGAAUGGAGGUGGUGGCGGUCCCUCGUCAUCUCCAAAGAAAAUUGCCCCCACCCCUUCUUUUCUUCGACUCCUUUACUAAUGGAUUCUCAUACUACUAUUACUACUAAAACCUCAAAACCACUUCAGGCCUACCGUUCCUCUCUAACCACCUCUUCUCCAAUCGAAUCCCGUACAAAUCUUUUUAUUAUUAACAACUCUAUUUUCAUCAGUUUCUUUCCACUAUAUUUUGCCAAAUUUGGGUUUUUUUUUGGGUGGUGUUCAGCAGCAAGUGCUCGGAUUGGGGAAGUGAAGAGAGUCACUAAUGAAACGAAUGUUUCAGUCAAGUUUAACUUGGAUGGGACUGGAAUUGCUGAUUCUACUACUGGCAUUCCCUUUCUUGAUCACAUGUUAGACCGACUUUCUUCGCACGGGCUUUUUGAUGUGCAUGUGAGGGCAACUGGCGAUAUUCACAUUGAUGAUCAUCACACUAACGAAGAUGUUGCUCUCGCUAUUGGAACUGCUUUGCUGCAAGCGCUUGGGGAUAGGAAAGGAAUUAAUCGGUUUGGCGACUUCUCAGCUCCUCUUGAUGAGGCAUUAAUACAUGUUUCCUUGGAUUUGUCUGGCCGGCCAUAUUUGGGUUAUGAUUUGCAAAUUCCUACUCAGAGAGUUGGAACAUAUGAUACUCAGCUGGUGGAACACUUUUUCCAGUCAUUGGUGAAUACUUCUGUUAUAAAAGAAUGUUCCAAUGUGGACCACAGCUUGCUGGAAGAAAUUCUCAUCAUAUUAUUGAGGCAACCUUCAAAGCUUUUGCCAGGGCUCUUCGACAAGCAACAGAAUAUGACCCACGUCGCCUCGGGACUGUGCCAAGCUCAAAGGGGGUUCUAUCGAGAACGUGAUGAUUCAUUAUUACUUUUAAGAAUGAUGGUUUAAAUUCGAAGGUGAUGUGACUUUGGAUGCAUCCUCCAUGAGAUCCAUGUUGGUGAUCUCUACUAGUUUGUGGUUAUGAUAAUCAGUUGAGCGCCAUUUAUUUAUAUGAUAAACCGAAAGUGAUUAAGUUACUGUUCUUGCUGAUGCAGUCCAAUAUGGGGACGUGGAUGUUGUGAAGGAUAGGCUACUGCCCAUAUGGUUAGUUGUAUUAUGAACUCCUAAUGAAUUGAUGUUUUUGUAUUCCAAACGUUGUUUUACUCGUGGCGUAGGGAAAAGGAGGGAGCAGCAGGGAAGAUGUGUAUUUGUCAAGAAUAAACUUUUGAGCUCGUAGUUGUUAUUUGUCCGUUCUCACCUGUCACUUUAUUGAAGCUUCUUGGUGGUGGCCUCUGGGAAAUGUACACCGAGAACUCUUGAACCGUGGCCUUUGGUGACUUGAUUUCUAGUGAUUGCCAAGUUGUUCCACUGUGGUUUAGACUAGGCACUUGAGUGAUUUUUUCUAUUUGUCGGAUUCAGUACCUUUCUCUAGUCGUAUGAAAUUCCCCUACACUUCUUUACUAUAAUCUUUUCAAGCGGAAUGAAAUGUGUUGCUUUCCAAGUGCAGAUUCUAAUGGUUUUGUGAUUUAUAUGAGAAUGAAUUGGCAAAUGCUAA